UAAAAAUUAACUCUUGCAACCGUCAUUGUUAAACCUCAACCUCACAUACUUUGCACUAAAACCCCAGACUCUCAGUCAGUCAGUAUAGCUAAAACCCAGAAACGAUUUGCAUCUUCUUUCCCUGCAAAAUCAAUAAGACUUUUAUUAAAGGAGAAAUAGAAGAUGAGUAAGGCCUACACUCUCUUCCAGCUAUGCCAUUCUCCUUCCACCAAUUUUCUUUUCGGCUCCUCCAAAUCCCAUAGAGGUUUGUAUAUGAUACCUGGUUGGAAAGUUUAUCCAACUCUCCACUUUUGUAAAAACGUGCAAACUACUACCUAUGAAGUUGUCAAUGCAAGUUAUGUGCCCACUGCACAAACUAAAGAAGAAAAGGAAAUAAAGGACAAGUCAUCAGCACAACUUGAUACAGUUGGUGCAUUUCAAAAGCUGCCCAUGGUGAUGCCAUCUGUUGAUAUACUUUAUUCGGCACUGAAAAAGGCAAAAAGGGUUUCACCUACGAAGGGCAUUCCCAAUAUUGCAAAGCGAGAGAGAAAUAGAGGUGCAAAACAACUUGAUGCACUGAUGAAAGAAAUUGCAGUUCCCUUAAGGACGUAUCUGGAGAAUUUUCCAAAGAAGAAAUACCUUCACCCGUAUGAACGAUCACUUAUUGAAUUGACUCUUGGUGAUGGAAAUUAUGAAGAGGUGUUGGGAAAGGUUAAUUCCCUGAGGAAGAAUGUGGUAUCUGUUGGAAAGGAACAUGCUUCUCUCUGUGCCAAGUCUUUAACAAAGCGAGAAGCAGAGGAAAGACUGAGUGAGGGUAGGAAGAAAAUUGAAGAGAUUUUCAGUCAUGAAGGAAAAGCUGUUGAUGCUUUGUUACAUAUUGCCAAGACUCUACGGGCAAUGCCUGUCGUUGAUCUGGAAACACCAACACUCUGUCUUGUUGGAGCUCCUAAUGUGGGGAAGUCAUCUUUGGUCCGGAUACUCUCUACAGGGAAGCCAGAGAUCUGCAACUAUCCUUUCACGACAAGAGGAAUACUAAUGGGUCAUAUAGCUUUUAACUACCAGAAUUUUCAGGUGACAGACACGCCUGGCCUACUGAAGAGAUGUGAUGAGGACAGGAAUAAUUUGGAAAAGUUGACACUUGCUGUCCUAUCUCAUUUGCCUACUGCAAUAUUAUAUGUUCAUGACCUCUCUGGAGAGUGUGGGACCUCACCUUCUGAUCAGUUUGUCAUAUACAAAGAAAUAAAGGAAAGGUUUGGCGGCCAUCUGUGGCUUGAUGUUGUGUCCAAAUGUGAUUUGCUGCAUAAGUCCCUUGUGGUCUUCAUCACGGAUGAUGAUAAUCCUGAUCAUGUUGAGCUGGCACGAUACCGGAAAUUGGGACCUGAUGGAGCUAUCCAUGUAUCUAUAAUGAGUGAAGCAGGUCUCAACGAGUUGAAGGUUAGAGUGCAUGAGCUGCUGACUUCGCAGAUGGCCAGGAUCAAAAGUGAAAAAAGCAACCAAGAAAAUCUAGUUAUUAGUUGAGAUUGAUAUUCUGAGAAUAACAUCAACAACCCCAGAAAGGAGUUCAAAGCACACUGUUUAAAAUUUGACUAUUGCCAUGGACAACAAAUUGGCCGGAUUUCUAAUGAGCUGAGGAUCAGAGCGUCCAGGUUUUUGCAUCUAUAAACACUGCAUCUUCAGAUUUUUCUCAGUUCACAUGUGAUGAGAUGUUGCUCAUGCUGCACUGUUAAUGUGGGGAGGUGGAUUUAAAUGUCUUAUAUUGUAAUGUGAUAACUUAUGCCUAUCCUUUGGUAAUUGAUAUAUUUUCAUGUUUUCAAGUGUAUAUAAGUGAACCGAUUAUUUGCAUAUUG